AUGGGUGGCGAUUUGAACUUGAAGAAAUCAUGGCAUCCAUCUUUGCUCCGCAAUCAGGAGCGAGUAUGGUCGGAGGAGAAGAAAGCGCUGGAGGAGCGCAAACGUAUCGACCAGGUCCGCCGCGAACGAGAAGAAGAGCGUCAAAUCCAAGAACUCCAGAAACUGCAAGAAGCGUCCGGCAAGGGCAAGCAACAGAACCGCGUCGACUGGAUGUACCAGGCCCCCUCUAGCGCCACGGGACAUUAUUCAGAGGAGAUGGAAGGAUACCUUUUGGGAAAGCGCCGAAUCGACGGAAUCCUCUUGAAGAAUGACACAGACAACCAGAAGCUGGAGAAGGGUGCUGAUGUGGUUGGCGCAAAGGCUGCGGCGGGGCCUGCUGUUGGCUCGCAACGCGACACAAUGUCCAAGGUCAUGGCCGAUCCGCUCCUGGAGAUCAAGAAGAGGGAGCAAGCUGCAUACGAGGCGGCAGUGAAGGAGAAUCUCCGUCGCCAGCAAAGAGAGAAGAAGCGCGGCUCACGGGAUGGGGAUCGCGACCGCGAGCGUCGCCAUCGUGACCACGACUCGAAACCACGACGCUACAGCGACAACGACGAUGACCGUCGCCACCGAUCCCACCGGUCCUCCCAUCCCCGGCAUCGCUCACGUUCCCCUUCUUCGCCGGAGCGUUCCUCUCGCAAGCACCGAAGCGACCGAGAUCGUGACUACAGCCGCGACCGCCGUGACGACAGAAGUCGAGAGAGACGUCGUGAUGACGACCGAGAUCGCAGAGAUGAAGAAUACCGAUCUCGCCGUGGUGACCGAGACCGCGAUCGAGACCGUCGAGACUCGUACUCGGGAUCUUAUCGAGACUCUCGAAGCGAUAGACGGGACCGCGACCGUGACCGCGACCGUGACCGCGACUGCGACUAUGAUCGCGGAAAUGUGCGGGAGAAGUCACCACGUCGCCUAUCUCCCGGUGCUCGGCUGGCCCGUGACCAGGAGGACCGAAAUCAUAAUGCUUCCGAUAGCAGUCGAGACCAGGAUUCCCGCCGCGAUUACCCCGGCACGACAACCGCAAUGGAAACGACAAUCGACGUGACUGGGCCCCUCGAAACCGCGGACCUCCUCCACCCCGAGCGCCGGCUAAGGGACCUCCUCCACCCCGAACGCCGGCUGAGCACCUACAGGAAAUGGAAGAAGAACGUCGCCGCAAGUAUGUGGAAAUGGAAGAAGAACCUUGCGGAAAUGCAGUCCAGCGCUAUGGAACUCGAGACUGAACGUCGCCAGCGUAUUUUUGAGCUUGAUGCCAAGGAGGAAGAACAGCGAGAGGCCGAUGACCGCCAGCGUUCGGACAAGGGAGCAUUCAUGUCCCAGGUUCACAAGCGCGCUGGGGAAGAUAGCCUGGAUGAACGUAUUCGGCGCAGUCGCGGUGGACUCGCAAAGUUAGAAGAAGAUUAA